AUGGAGGAUGAAGGGAGGGGCCAGGAGAUAUACACAGAGGCUAAGUGCAAAAACUUUGUUUUCCUCUUUCUCUUUCUCUCACUAGCCAACAUAAAGAUAGAGAGAAGACUCUCUCUCUAUCUCUCUCUCUCUCCGUGUUCUUAUCAGCAGCAGCUCGCUCGCCACGUUCCGAUCCUGUACCAGCUGCCGAGACGAGCGCGAGGCUCCGAGGUCCAAAAGAGCUCAAGCUCCUCCCCGACGCAUGCGCGGAUCGAUCGAUCCAGCCCGAGCUACGGGAGGCGGCGGCGGCGGCAGAUCGACGACCGGCAGCUGACUAAGGUGGAUCCCCGGAGGCAUGGCAAGAGGCCCCUACCCGCCGACGAGGAGGAAGAGGAGCCGCCGCCCCCGCCGCCACCGAAGCACGAGCAGCUGGAUGUCGAGGAGCAGUACCACCACUUCUCCCCCCAGCUGCAAGGAGCGACCUUUAGCGGCGGCGGCGGAGGGUCGUCGUCGUCCCCCGCCGGCGCCGGCGCCGCGGGCCCGUCGCCGGAGGCGUACGCGCAGUACUACUACUCGGCGCGCGCCGACCACGACGCCACCGCCGUGGCCUCCGCGCUAGCGCACGUCAUCCGCGCCUCCCCCGACCAGCUCCCGCCGCAGGCCUUCUACGCCGCCGCCGCCGCCACGGGCCACCAGCUGGGAGACCACCGGCAAGCAGCGCCGCCGCACCAUCCCGGUGGCCACGCCGCCGCCGCCGAGGAGGAGCAAGCCGCAGGCCGGAGGCGGCACUACCGAGGGGUGCGGCAGCGGCCGUGGGGGAAGUGGGCGGCGGAGAUCCGGGACCCCAACAAGGCGGCGCGGGUGUGGCUGGGCACCUUCGACACGGCGGAGGACGCCGCCAUCGCCUACGACGAGGCGGCGCUCCGGUUCAAGGGCACCAAGGCCAAGCUCAACUUCCCGGAGCGCGUCCAAGGCCGCACCGACCUGGGCUUCCUCGUCACCCGCGGCAUCCCGGACCGGCACCACCAACACCAAGGCGCGGUGACGCUGGCAGCAAUGCCGCCGCCGCCGCACCGGCAGCACCAGCACCAGACCGUGGUGCCGUACCCGGACCUCAUGCAGUACGCGCAGCUGCUGCAGGCCAGCGGCCGGGGCGGCGGCGGAGGCGGCGGCGACCGCGCCGAGGCGGCCGCCGCGGCCCAGCAGGCGGCGCAGGCGCAGCUCAUGAUGAUGGCCCGCGGCGGCGGCGGCGGCGGCGUCAACCUGCCGUUCGGCGCCGCGUCGUCGCCGUUCUCCCCCUCGCCCUCGUCGGCGCCGCAGAUCCUGGACUUCUCCACGCAGCAGCUCAUCCGGCCCGGCCCGCCGUCGCCGGCCGCCGCGAUGUCGUCGUCGGGCGCUGCUCCGUCCACGCCGUCGUCCACGACCACGGCGUCGUCGCCCGGUGGCGGCAGUGCAUGGCCGUACGGUGGGGAGCACCACAGGAAUAAAAAAGACGCGUGAUCGAGCUGGCAUAUGCUCAUAUGCAUGCAUGCAAGUUGCAAGCACUUGCAAUGCGAGAGGAUCAGAUCAGAGACCAAGUAGCUGCAUAUGGAGGAAUAUGCAUGCAAUAUGGGGUAAGUGGCAGUGGUGAUUUAAUUUUGCUGGAAGCAUAUAAAAGCAUUUCUUGGCCAUUUUUCUCUUGUCUCUUUCUUUCUUUUCUUUUCGCGAUGCAUGAUCUUCUUUUCUUCAUUUCUUGGAGGAUCCUCAGUUUAGAGAGCUAGCUAGCUAGCUGCUAGAGCUUGCUGCUACCUUCCUUGUUUAAUUUACUGCUCUGUUGCUCAUCAUCUCUUUAAUUUGUUCAAGUGUAAACUAAUUAAUUGUGCAAACUAAUCCAAAAGCAAGAAGAGAGGAAUAAUAAUCUCAUUGAUGCAAUAUACAGGACCUUUUUUUCUCU